AGCCAGCAGAUCUGUCAUUCCUCGUCAACCCCCACGCCUUAAAUGUUAAAAACACAGCAACAUGAUCGACAACGAUUCCAGGUAUUUUUCCCUGAGCGACGACAUCCCUGUCGGUGGGCCAAGCACCUGGCACGUUAUCGAUUGGGACCAGAGACGGGUGGUUUCAGUAACUAUGGAUGGGGAGCAGGACGACGAGAGCGUUGCUAUCGAACAUCUCAGCCGCCACAGCAGCCAGCUCCCUCCUGGCAUAUACGAGAUCUAUGUGCCUGGCGAGAUCAUCUCGAUGUAUACCGAUGCAAAGCAUGAUCAGACGUGCUGUGUACACUACCCAUUCCUUCGCGAGAUUUCUCUCCCCGAAGGGAUCCAGACCGUACGGCGGGACGCACUCGAGGAACUCGAGAGGCUUGGCCCCGACGCUGACCUUGUCGCAUACCCUCCAUGCUCAAAGGGAUCAGCUAAAAAGGUCGUGUUUAAAUAUUACUUCCUGUGGCAGUAUGCACAAAUGUCGUGGAAGAAGAUGAACUUGUGGAUGUGUCUGCCCCGCCACCCAAACAUGGUUCCGUUCGACCGGGUCGUCGUCGACGAGCUCGAGGGUCGCGUGGUCGGAUUCACCAACGACUACGUGCCCGGCGGUAGUCUGGAGAAGAACAAGUCACGCGUCUUCAAGCUGAAGUGGCUCCAGCAGCUCAUACAGGCCGUGGACGACUUGAAUCUCCGGUACAUUAUCGCAUACCAAGACAUCUCCCCGCGAAACCUCCUAGUCGACGAGUCGACAGACUCCGUCAUGCUCUUCGACUUUAACUUUGCGGCUCGCAUCAAGCACCCUUCACCCGGAGAUGGUGAGAGUUAUUGUGAGGACCGGAACGAUGUCAAAGGCGUCAUAUUCACCAUGUACGAGAUCAUCACCCGAGACGAUAGCCUCCGCAAGGCAAAGUUAGACCAUCCAGUCGCGGAGUAUCGGCUAGUGCUGCAAGAAUGGCAGGAGCGAAGUGCAGCGCACCUGCACACUGUCCCUACAGGCGAUGCUCCGGAGGCUAUUAACUGGCCUUCCAGGCCCAAGCCGCCGAAGAAGAGCAUUUCUCUGAAGGAUGGAUAUGGACAGCCGGCGUCCAUUACCGUGGAAGAGUGGUACGAAAGGCGGCAGGCUGUAUGGGAUAGGGGAGGUAAGGCCUUAAACUGGGAACGGCCGCCACAGAGGCUUUUAGACGACCGGACUGGGACCCGGUUGCUUUCUAGCGGAGAAGUAAUCGAUUGUUAG